GCUGCUGCUUGAUUUCCCGAGCAUCUUACUAGAGCGGUAGACUACCAGGUACCAGUAGUGGAAGCUUCGCCCCAAAGUCCUCAUAAAUCUGUGAAACCACGAAACAUAAACCCCUCUAGACUACCGGUAGAAUAAAAAUCUUUUAAGACGACCAUGUCCUCUCACCUUGACAUUGCUAGUAGCGAUACUGGUAAAGAAGAAGAUACCUCUGUCCAAGUGGCGGUGGAUCCUAACAGCGACCCUUUUGCAUUCCGCCCCGGUAGGACUCUAGAAUGGACCAACGUAUCUUUGAGCGUGAAGGAUACCAGUACUACCGCUACAGCUACCGUGGGUUUGAAGAAGAAGAAGAAGCAAGAUGGCGAAGAAAAGGUAAUUUUGGAUUCUUUGUCUGGACGGAUUGCUCCUCAGCAGCUGACCGCCGUGAUGGGCCACAGUGGGGCUGGGAAGACUUCGCUCCUGCACGUUCUCGCUGGCAAGGUCAGUGCAAGCGGCAGCAGUACUAUUAAUAGUAGCAUCACGCUGGAUGGAGUCCCCAUUGACCCCACAUCGAUUCAAGUCAAGCGCAAGAUUGCCUUUGUGGCCCAACGAGACACAUUGCUCAGUACAGCCACGCCACGCGAAGCCAUUCGCUUCAGUGCCAAGUUGCGUCUAGAUUCCACCUUGACCAAUGACGAACUGGAUGCCCUCGUGGACCGCAUUCUCAAGGAACUACGGCUUCAACAUGUCGCUGACAGUCAGACGGGCGGAGCACGACACCGCGGCUUGUCCGGGGGAGAAAUGAGACGUCUUAGUUUGGGCAUUGAGCUCGUCGUAAGACCCAGUCUGCUCUUUUGCGAUGAAGUCACUUCCGGGCUGGACAGUCACAAUGCCACGGCUGUCAUGGAGGUGCUCAAGCAGGUUGCCGAUUGCGGGGCCACGGUGCUGCUCACCAUUCACCAGCCCAACAGUCGCGUCUUUGGGCUCCUUGAUCAUCUCAUUCUUAUCAAUCAGGGACGCUGCAUGUAUGAGGGUCCUGUGGACAAGGUUCCCCAGCAUUUUGCUCUACGAGGAUACGAAGUUCCCCUCAAUUACAAUCCGGCCGACUAUAUCCUCGAGGUUUCGCAGACGGAAUCCAUGCAAAAGUUGACCGAGGCCGGCUUCUUUCAGAUGACUCAGCAGCAGCAAGACGACAUGGAUCUAGCUGCUGACGAGGAGGAUGCCAGGGCGAGUAGCAGGUCACUGGUCAGACGAGUCUCCCGUUCUCUAUCCAGCACACUGUCUCGCGCCACUUCCUCUCGAUCCAUCAUGAGUGGUAGUUCCUCAUUCAGACGACGACCACGACGACGACUAUCUACCCCAAAACCAAGGCUUUCCAUUUUUGACAAGCUCGAUUCCAAAGCACGGGUCAGCCUUUGGACUGAGCUAUGUCAGCAGCUGAAAAGAGAUAUUCAGAGGCUUAUGCGCGACGGACAUGCGAUGCGCAUGCGAUUCAUGAUCGUCGUGAUAGGUUCUGUCGUUACCGCAUUUGCCUUUCAAGGAGCCGCAAGCACCGAUUCCAUUCAGGAUGUCUCCUCCUUUUCCUCCCAUGUCGGAGCCAUCUUCUUCAUGCUUGUGGCUUGCAUGGUGUCGGUACAGGUCAUCAUGAUGGAUCAGAUCGAAACUCGCCCCAUCUUCAUUAGGGAGUUUGAACGGGAUCAUUACAGGAUUCUCUCGUAUGGACUGUCCAAGUUUGCCAUUGAAGCCUUGAUUUCUUUCACGCAGGUACUCAUUCUAGUACUCACGGUCUAUUGGGCUAUUGGAUUGCAAGGGCGCUUCUGGAUUUGGCUUUGUGUUUUCUACACCUUUGUCAUGAUCAUGAAUGCAGUGGGCAUUAUGCUCGCCGCUGUCACACGAGAUGUCCGUGAUGCCAAGGAAUUGAUACCCAUGACCAUGCUCCCGCAAAUCCUCUUUUGUGGAUACUUUGUCAGCACGUUGCCCGAUUACAUGACAUGGUUGCAGUGGUUGUGGCCCUUGACGUACAUAUUUCGACUGUCUCUGAAUGAAGAAUUCUCCUUCUGUCUCGAGAAGGAGCAAGUAUACGACCAGGGAGAUCAUUGUGCGCAAAUGUUGCUUCAAACGUAUGCUGACGGUUCCGCGGAAUCCAUUUACAACAAUGACUCGCUUGUUGACCUUCCACAGACGGGGACAUACAAAGGUACGCGGGGAAUCCUAGAAUACUUUGGCUUCUUUUCCGAAGAAGAAACAAGCGACUCUUCUUUCCUCGUCAAUGGAUGCAUCCUCGAUGGAUCCUUGAAAGUCAAAUUCAAUGGAUACGAGGAUGGUAUCUGUGAUGUCUCGCUGGUGGAGGUGCAACGCGCACAAGUGAAUCCAAUCCUGGUCCGGGAUGAUUUCCGUCAGAUCCCGUAUGCGGAGUAUCCCAUCGGUCACCGAUUCCAGUUCAGAACCACAGACAGCAACAUUGAAGGUCAGCCUACGGCAGACGUCAUUUCUGAUGCAGUCUACUUGCCCCCGGGACUGACGAGUGUGGUUGUCAAUGCCGUCAACCACACGCGUGGCAAUAGAAUUGUCUGCACUACCCUUCGAGAUCGUUGUCCGGCAUCCUUUGAACGGGACGGUUUUGAGACCCUGGACGACUGCACAGAUAAGAUGGGAAGCCUCCCCGUGGCAUCCGCCAACAGUCAUGGACUGGUUGUGUCGGAUAACAAUUCCACGACGUGCCGAUUCGUCCACGCGAGCUUGGCUAAAUCCAACACGGACCAUUGCCCGCACGUUUCCUACUAUCCCGAGCCCGACAAGGACGGGAUUAUCAAGUGCAGCCAAUCCUACAAUCGGAGCUACGCCGACUUUUUCACUCCCGAGGACUUGGAACUCUUUGCUGAAUUGGCGGUCGAGUAUGAUUUGGACAAGGAAGCGCAGAUUGUCUAUGAGUUGAGCGCCAACGAAACCAGACCUUGCCGGGUCAGCUUUGCGGAUCGUGAGAACGAAUUGGCCGCCUCCAUCCCACAGGAUUACGUUGCGACAAAGACUUGUGUGGAAUACCUAACGCAACAGAAUGCCACUGGAGAAAACAACGUCCAGUACUGGUUGACUCUGGCUGCAAUGUACGUGGCAAUUCGCUGUUUGGGGUUGGCCCUUUUACGGAAUCUAGUCACAAAAAAGAGCAAGGUUGCUUAGGAUGCGUUGGUAUUCCAAGCGAACCACAACAUCGCUGGUCUCGAACGAACAGGCAGGCCAGAAUGGCUAUAACUGCCUUCCAAUGACGAUCUACCCCCAGUAUAGUUUAGAUGGGCUAGUGAGUGCAUGGUUUGAGUCGAGUCCAUCCGAGUCCAUCCAUACCGAUGAUAGUGAAAAAUAAAUGUUCUGUAACCUUUAGAAAACAUAAUUUCACCGAAUUUGUGAGCACAUCACGUGGAC